CUCCCCCUUGUCAACCUCCUCCUCCCCCUCCUCCUCCCUCCCGGCGUGCGGCUGCGGAGCAGGCGCCCCUUGGGCGAAUUCGGUGCCUGGAGCUGGGGCAGUGCAGCACCGUGGAGGCAAAAGCGCCCCGCUGGCUCACCUCGAGAUUCCUGCGCCCACGAAGCCUGGAGGGCCACGCCGUGUGCCUGGAGCAGCGUGGUCCAUGCGGCUGCACUUCCGGUGCUGGCUCGUCCUGCUGGUAAACAGGGACGCCGCAGGCCGCACCGCGUGCAACGGAACGGGCCGCACGUUCCUGGGGCCUCUAUGGAUCCAUCGCGUUUUGUCGUUCAGUUACAUUUUAUGCUCUGCACGCGAAUUUGUCAGGGACGACAUGUUCAAGAUGCUAGAUUGCGUCAUGAGUGGUGGCCCUCGGAUGAGACGGCGGCACGAGGGCGCCAAUCAGGUCUCCUGCCCCCUACCGCCAGACUUUUCGCGAGCUUGUGACGAAGUAGCUCGGAAUUCAUUUUCAGCGCUCGCGAGGGUAUUCUGAAUAUCUGUACACAGUGCUAGUUGCCCGCGCGCUGUUCCCAGCAUGAAUUUGGCAAGAUUGCCAUGAGCAUGCUUCUCAAUAAGUGCGACGGCUAAAAGGCCAGUCCCGCGUUGAAUUCCUAAUUAUAUCAGAACCGCACAAAUGAUGCGAUGAGAUCAGCGGUCCAGCUUCGGCAGCAGGGCCGCCCUGGCACACGAGAACUCGCGCCCCAUGCCGAGGAAGGCAUGAAGGAGGUUUCGGGGGGCGCGUAAGCCGGGUGUGGAGGGUGCCUUCGUUCCGCUCUUGGGGGGGGCCACGGUGUGCGCACACCCCCUCCCGCGGGGGGAGCGCGCCCCUGCUCUUCCUGCGCGAGCGGCAUCCGUGCCCUGGCGCCCAGGCGCCAUGGACAAGCGCUGACCCCUUGCGGAUCCUGCCCCUGCGUGUCCAGUCGACGCUCUCAGCCAGCUCCCCUUCAGCCUGCGGCCCCACCGGCGGUAGGUUCUGAGUGCGGGCCCGGCCGCUGUGCUUUUAGGCUCGCGCGUUGCUAAUUUGGCAGGCCCGUGGCCCGGACCUUUCAACUCGGUCCAUGGUCAGACACACAACCGUUGCCGAGGCUCCAUGACAAUCCCGCGGCCCGCUUGGCGCCGUCGCAGGCUGCUGUCGCCAGCCUGCCGCUUCGUUUCUCUCGUGGCACCCGCUCAGGACUUCGCCUCGCCCAAUGGCAAGCGUGUCCUCCGGGGCGGCCCGCCGCCGGCCGCCAGUUUUGAGACCGUUCGUGACGAACACCAGAUAAUUUCGAAGCCUGCCGGUACAGUGCUCGGCAGCGCUCUCGAUCCUCACCAGCGCAGGGUCCGGCGCGCGCCGCCAGGCGCCUCUUCAGCUGCUCCUGCUCCUGCCCCCCGUUCCUUUGUCCUGCUCUCUCCUCGUGCUUGUCCUUCGUUCUCUUUGCAGUGAACCACCCGGGCCUCCAAAAGGGGUGUGCGGCGCGCGCGCGCGCCCCUUUCCACCACCCGCCCCUUCCCCUCCCUCGUGGCGCCCGGCUCCUACCAGCCGAAAAGGUGUGCGGCCGAAC